GGCACUACAGAAGCCAGCUAACAAGGGUCCUUCCUGAAGCGAAGGAAAGAUGGCCGUUACCUUGCUGAGCGGGAGGACGUCGGCGCUUUAUAAAACCAUUAAGGCGUGUUUAGUCUCCAGAAUAAUAAACCUCCCGAGCGACAUUGGAACGCAAGCGGCGUCGUAUCACGCUAAACCUCUCAAACUCAACCUCCAUCGCCCAUACAUUCCGGACAAGAGCAGCGAGAAGACGCCGGAGUGGCAGAAGACGGCGCAGUACGACCGGAAGCUGUUUGGCCGCUACGGCUCGGCGUCGGGGGUCGAACCUGCGUCGCUGUGGCCCAGCCACGCUCAGCUGGACCUCAUCGUCGCCGAGGAGCAGGAGUGGAAUCCCUCGCUGGAAGUCAUGUUGGAGAACAUCGCGGCGCGGGAAAAGGCGGAGACGGAAAAGCGCCUCGCGAAAGAGCAGCUCAUAGCGGAAAACAUGGCCAAAAUGCCCAAGAUGGUCGCCGACUGGCGCAGAGAGAAGCGCGAAUCGAGGAAGAAGCUAAAAGCGGAGAAGGCGCGCCGUCAGAAGUUGCUGGCGGAGGCCAGAGAGCGUUACGGCUCCACGAUGGACCACCGCAGCGCCAAGUUCAAGGAAAUGGUUGAUGAACUCGAAAAGGAGGAGAAGAAAAAGAACAAACUGUUGAAGCGCAGGCAGAGAGAAGAGCUGUUGGCUGUUCCGGUCACUCCCCCUGUUGCUGCCUCCUAAACGGACUACUUACAACAUUAAAUGUUGGACCGCCUCACUGCUUAUUCUGUUUUGAAAUUACGUUAUUUUCCACCAUUUAUUCUCCAUGUUUGACUUAGUCAUAAAUAUCCGAGACUGCAUUUUGUUUGAAAUAAGGUGAAAAGAAAGGAGUCAGAGGAAUAAAGUGAGUACAGAAUG